AGUCGGUUCUAUAUUUCUUGCUGCGACCAUCCCUCACUCCUGCUAUGACAGCAUAGCAGUACAACCUGACUUAUUUUUAUAAGUACUAAUUGGGUAGACAGCAACCCUAUUAGGAUGCACAUCUCCUCGGGAAAUCGAUUUCUUGAUCUGCGGAGACUGGUGCGAGUGUGCGCGAGCGCGCAUUGUGUGAAGGGCGGGUGGAGCGCGAGACACACAUCCCGCGGGUGGAAGCGCCUUUUCCUCACAGAAAUCGAACAAGUGAGAAACUGUUGCUUCUUGACAGUAUCUUAACAAAAAUAUUGCCAUCUUGGACUUUUAAACAGUAAUCUGGUUACUAAAGAAUUUUUGCAGGCACCAGUAGGCUAGUAGCUUAAUGAUCGCCAAAGAUAUGAAGUAGGUGUUUAAAGUGAACUGUCUUGAAGAAGCAGAAAAGGUUGCAAAGAAGCGACAAAAGAAGAAGAUAAGAAAUAUUUCAAGCGGACAACAGUCAGGGCAGAGUGUCUGUUAAAGAAAAACCCGAAGGCGCGAGAUUCUCUGACAUAUGCUGAGCUGUUCACGCACGCGAGAGGAGCUGCGGUGUCGUGCGGGGUUACUCGUCAAUUUUCAUAAUCUCUGGGAACUUGUAAGUGAGAAACAUGUCAAGAUGCUGGUUGAUCUUGGAACCUGAAUGUUAUUCAGCUGAAGUUUGAUGAAGACCAGCGGGGACUGAAAAUCACUCAGAGUGCUGUGAGCCUGAUUUACAGUAAAAUUAUAUCUUACCAUCCAUUUCAGGCUUACAGGAUGAUUACAAGAGAAGAACUUAAACUUCUGCAUUUGAAGGUUUAAGACAGUCACAAAAAGUCUAAAUAAUAUACAGCGUGGAUCGUUUUUGAUCAAUCUGAAUCACAAUCACAGCUUUCUUCUGUGAGAGGAGGGGCAGAGUUUGUUUAAAUGCUGCAGUGGACAUGGACUUUUCUGGGAAUUCUCCAGAACGCUUCUUGAACUUCUCAUGGAAAAAUAAGCCACACCGUUGUCACUCCACCAAUCUAUGAGGAGAUGCCACUGCAAUACAGCACCCCCUGAGAAAUACACCUCCACAUCACCUGAUAGAAUCUCCAUCCACGGACGAACAUUUGGAGACACCAAAUCCCCCAUGUUGCUUAUAUCAGACAAGUAAUAUAUAUUCAUAUGACAAUAUAAAACCACUGGAUCAUCUAGAAUUGCUGUUUAAAUGGAGCAAUAACCGGGUCCGGUGUGUGUCACUCAGAAGAGUGGUUAGUGUGCUUAUGAUUAUGAUUUUGAAGUAGUAAUUGAGAGCAGAAGGGGAAAAUAGCAGAAAUUGAAACUUUUAAAAGGAAAUGAACACAAACGUUCUUUAAGACUUUGUUCCAUAUAGGAUAUUUGAUUUGUUUGUUGCCGAAGGUGGAUUUUUCAUAUAGAAAAACUAUUUCUUUUAGCUCAUUUCUCAGACACAAGCCACUUUUCAUCGUAUCUUACUCCCUCGUUAACUUUUCUAUCUCACCCUAGUGCUUUUUCCUUCCCAGAGUUCAUUCUGGCCGGGCCUGUUUCUUCUAAAGGGGAAGAGGACUUCCUCUCUAUCGCUGCCUCGCACCUCAGCCGCAGGAAGCGCGUAAUUGGCGCGGCAGUGGGCGUGGCCAUGGUGCUUGUGCUACUAGUCGCUAUUCCGCUGUUGGUCCACAGCACCAAAUUGGGUGGGUCUGCAGGUGGAGGAACGCAUUAUGAGAUGCUUGGAAGCUGCAAAAUGGUCUGUGACUCUCUAACGCCCACCAAUGAACUAACACCUGUUUCGCCUCCACCUCACGACACCCCUGGACGCAGAGGGGGAGGCAAGUCAGGUUUUCGCGGAAACCAAGGGCCACCAGGCCCACGUGGGCCACCUGGAGAACCAGGAAAACCAGGUCCGCCUGGACCUCCGGGUCCAGGCCCAGGAGGAUACAUCCCAUCGUUUUACAGCCCCAAAAUUGCCUUUUAUGCUGGUCUGCGCAAGCAACACGAGGGGAGUGAGAUACUUAAGUUUGAUGAUGUGGUAACAAAUGUUGGGAAUUAUUAUGAGCCUACCACUGGCAAGUUCACCUGCCCUCUUCCUGGAAUCUACUUCUUCACCUAUCAUGUGCUCAUGAGGGGCGGAGAUGGAACUAGUAUGUGGGCCGACCUCAAGAAGAAUGGACAGGUGAGGGCCAGUGCGAUCGCUCAGGACGCAGAUCAGAAUUAUGACUACGCCUCUAACAGUGUGAUCCUGCAUUUAGACGUGGGCGAUGAGGUCUGCGUGCAGUUGGAUGGUGGAAAAGUGCAUGGAGGAAACACCAACAAAUACAGCACAUUCAGUGGCUUUCUCAUCUACCCUGACUAACAAAUACACAAACAUGCAAAAAUAUUUAACACCAUCAAAUCAGACUGACUGAUAGACAACAACAUCUGAUUCAAGCGAUACAACAUGUGAUAUAACUUCAAGAGCAAACACUGUAAAAUUAACUUCAAAACUGAGAGUAUACUUUCUGAUUAUAGUGACAAAGUCAACAGCAGUGACAACCCGUUUUACUUACUUAAUAUCAUAUGAUAUGUAAUUCAAAGUGAAACAGAAUGUUCAAAGAGAAAAAAGUAUGCUGGGACUUGAUUUUAUCUACUGGCAAUUGAUUGGAUUGUAAAAAGUGGUCUUUCUAUGACAGAUAUGUAAUGUAAAUUUUGUCUUCUUCCAUAAAAUAUUUUAAACAUAAGCCUCAAUAAAUUUGAUUUAAAGUGGAAAAAAUCUUCCAUGGUAUUAUGACUACAAACAUACUCUGAAAACAAAUCUUUCAGCUGAACAGAUUAAUUUAUCACAAUAACACCAUGAAUGUGUAUUAAGAAAGUAAAGAGGGUUAUUUCAGGGUAAUUUGAUUUCAUGUUGACUUUAAUCAAGUUGUAGACACUUUGUAUUGAGUUUGCUAUCAGUCAUCUUGGUCUGGUCAUGGUGUAUUUGCUACUUUUAAGACAAUUAACUUGAAAAGUGUAGUCAGGGUCUUAUUUUUGGAUUUUAACUCACCAAUGAUGAAGAGAAUGUUUUUUUUCUGUUGAUAUUUUUAAUUGAUUAUUUUUCAUUUUAAAAUUACAGUGUCUGGCACUGUUACACUGUUGGUAUGUUGUGUGCAAAGCUCAUCCUAAAAAGAGAGGCUAAAAAGAAAACUACCUUUAAGGAUUACCCAGAAUUAUCUUGUUACAUUUUACUAGAUCACCAUUCUCCCCCUGCAUCAUGUGUAUGUGUGUGCAUAACUGGUAAAGGAUGUAUGCAUUUCAUGGCAUGAAAUCUGUAUGUUUUAACCUCUAUGUCUACUAAGUAUGUACACAGUGUUUAUACUGGAGGAACUUUGAGAAUAUUGUGAAAUUAUAAAUGAUAGUUAUAUGGUAAUGAUAAUCAAUCUUUCUUUGUUUAAUGCCACAAACAUCCUGUAGGAUUGGUUAGUGGACUAAAGAUUUAAAAGUGACCUGAUCCAUCUGAAAUCUGAAAACAUCCCAUUUCUGUGUGUGUGUGUGUGUGUGUGUGUGUGUGUGUGUGUGUGUGUGUGUGUGUGUGUAUGUGUGUAUGUGUGUGUGCAUGUAUCAGCAAUGUAUGUGAUUCACAUAUGUGUCCAUAUCAAUAUAAAGUGCAAGAAAAUUUGCUUCUAAAUAUUUGACUUGUAGAUUGAUUGCUGUUGUAAAGCCUUGCAGUUGUGUAAUUAAUCAUUAUUAUAGAGUUUUAUUCUGGCAUGUUAAAGACUACAUGCUGUAAAUAAAAAUAAAUAAAUAAAACAC